AUGAUGUUAAUGACAAAAUCAUUUAAUUUUCUCGCUUUGAUAUUUUCAAAUCGCAGUGCAAGUUAUUAUCAAUGUACUCAAUGGCAACAAGCUGUAGAUGACGCCAACCAAGUUAUCCAAAUCAGACCUGAUUGGCCAAAGGCAGAAGCACUUGUGCAACUUGAAAAAUAUGACGAAGCAUUAGAAAAUUAUUAUAUUGCGAAAAAAAAGGAUCCACAAAACCAUCAAAUAUCUUUAAGAAUCGCAAAGGCAUUAAUAUUAAAGGACAAUGUUUCAAUGGGAUUAGAAAUAUAUACGCUUGUACCUGGUAGAGACAUUUGUCUAACAAAAAACUCAAUUACAAGUCCAAUACAAAAAAGAAUUCAUGAUUUUGCUAUAGAUAUGAAAAAUCUUAUUCACUUAAUUGUAGACAUUGAAACUAAAAAAUGCAUUGUAGUUGAUGCUUGUUGGGACGUUGAUGGAAUUUUGAAAUAUAUUAAAAAGAAAAAUUUAGAAUUGGUUGGUGCAAUUGUGACUCAUUAUCAUUUUGAUCAUGUUGGAGGCUCACCACCAGCACCAUAUGAUCAACUGCCAAUAAAAGUUUCGGGUCUUUAUAAUCUAAUGAAGCAAAUACCAACUUUACCAUGUUACAUCAAUCCACUAGAUCUUCCAUACAUUUUAAAAUCAAAUUCCAACUUGAUUGAAUUCCAACAUCGUAUAAUCACCACCACAAAUCAAUACAUCCUACGAUUAGGUAAAUCGACACUGUUAAAAUUCCUGCAUACUCCAGGCCAUACCGAGGGAAGUCAAUCUGUGUUGGUGAAUGAGACAAGAUUGUUCACAGGUGAUGUUAUUAUGUGUGGAUGUAGUGGAAGGGUUGAUUUGCCCGGUGGUGAUCAACGAGAGAUGAAAAAAACUUUGAGAGAAAGGUUGGCUAGAUUAGAUGAUCGAGUCGUUGUGUUUCCUGGUCAUGAUUAUGGUGGUGGCUGGACUACCAUUGGACUUGAAAAAAGAAAAGGUGUAAUUGGUAAAUUUAAGAAACAUUUGAGUGUUUGA